GGAACCAAAAUUGAAGUGAAGAAAACUGAGAAACAAAAGCAGAAAGAGAGAGGUGGGUGUAACAGAAAAGAAAUGGCAGGAUUAUUAGCAUGGGCAGCAGAUGUAGUAGGAGGAAACGGAGGAACAGAAUCAGCAACAGAAGAUUCAUCAAUUCCAAUUCUCUUCUCCGAUUCUCAAAAAACCUACGUUCGUGAACUCGAUUCCAAAACUAACUCUCUUCAACGUUCGAUUCAAGAUCUACGCCUUAGAUUGCCUCCUCCUGAUAUCUCUCAACGUCUUCCUCAUCUUCAUGCUCAUUCUCUUGCUUCUAAUAACGCUCUCGCUCUUCAGUUGAACUCUCAUUCCUCCACGAGACAUCAGGCCCAGCUUAGAGAAGAGACGCUGAAGGAAGAAAAUGCUGCUUUUGAGAAUACUAUAUCCAAUUGCGAGAAUAAAAUCAAGGAAAAAAUACAGGAGGCUGAAUUACUAAGGAGCAAGUUAGAGGAGAUGGAUGAAACUGAAAAGAAGCUGAGGGCUGAGUUGGAAGAUAUGCAGUCGAGAGCUUCUGUCAAUGCCGGCCAAUCUUGGAUAUCUGAGGGUUGGGAGGAAGAAAACAAAAUAAAUGAUAAAGCUGGCUUUGAUGCAGAUGCAGAAGCGUUAAAAACAACUAUGCUAGAAAAAUUGGAUGAGAAGAAGAAAGAGCUGAGUUCAAUGGAGGAUACUGUGAAAGCAUUAGAGAAGAAAUGGGCAGCAGUGCAGGAAAAUGCACUAAAACAGCCUUCCCCAGCACAAAGAGAAAAGACAUUAGAUAAACAGCUUCAUGGUUUACUUCAGCAACUAGCAGUUAAACAGACACAAGCUGAGGGCUUACUUGAAGAAAUUCAUCCGAAAGAGAUGGAGCUGGAAAGAUUGAAUGCACAAUGGCGACAGCUGCAAAGCAACAACUCCGACGUGAACAAUGCUAGAAAUCGUUUUGUUAGAGGCUCCUCUGAUAAGUUACAUGGUUUGUCAGAUUAUGAUGGUCAUCAGAGGCUUCCUUACCAUUCGGCAGGCAGAACCGAAAGCCAGCAAAGGCUUAUGCUACUUAGGUCGGCAUUUGUGCUUUAUAUUUUAGCCUUAAACAUAAUUGUAUUUAUCAGGAUAUCAUUUUGACCAAAUUUAAAAUUAUCUUAUUACAUUUUACUACUUAUGACUGAACCUUUUUCUUAGUUGAUAGACACUUAUGACUGGACCUUUGUUUGUACUUAUUGAA